AUGCUCGAUGUUGGCCGAAUGACGGAUAUUACUUCUAAAAGCUUCGGUGACGUGGUCGUUCCGCUCAUUGUGUUCCGACUGCUGAGCGGAGGAGCUGCCCAACCCACUAAUCGGAAGAAAAGUAAAGAGCCUGUCAAAGAUGAUAAACUUAAAAAAAGGCGAAUCAGAACGGAAGCAAAGAGAAGCAAACAAGGUCCCAGAACAGCAAUCACAACCUCGACAACGUGGAAGUGA